AUGGGUGAAAAUAUGAACGAUCAACUAUAUAUUCCUCAAAUUGCAAACGAUCGAAAACCAGAGAUUGGAAUGAAAUUUAUGUCAAUAGAUGAAGCGUUUGAAUUCUACAAUCAAUAUGCACGUGAAGCUGGAUUUAGUGCAAGACUAAGCAAUAGCAAAAGUAAUAAGAUAACAAAAGAAGUUGUUUGGAAACAAUUUGUUUGUUUUAAGGCUGGCCAAAUUGAUGAAGCCCGUUCCAAAAACCGACUAUCAAGUGGUUGUCCGACUACGAUAAGAGCUCAUGGUGAAGUUAGAACUGAUGGACCUGGCUGGUGUGUUAGUGUCUUCACUAAGGGUCAUAAUCAUGGACUUUCUACUCCUUCAAAGGUGCAUUUACUCCGAUCACAUCGUAGUGUUUCUGCCGCGAAGAAAGUAUUGACUCAACAACUUUCAGAAGCUAAUAUACCAACUUGUCAGAAAAUGCAACUAUUGGAAAUAGAAAGCGGCGGGCUUGAAAGUGUAGGUUGCACUGAAAGAGAUAUCAGAAAUUUUGAGAAAGAAUUAAGGGAUGAACAAAAGGGGAUUGAUGCUGAAACUCUGAUAGAAUUCUUUACAUCUGAGAAAGAGAAGAAUUCAGCAUUUUUCUUUGACUAUGAGACGUAUUCAGAUUCAGAUAAUACGUUCAAAAGAUGUUUUUGGGCGGAUUAUAAAUCAAGAAGGGCUUACAGUGUAUUUGGUGAUGUCGUAGUAUUCGAUUCAACUUACAACACUAACAAGUAUGGAAUGAUUUUUACACCUUUCGUAGGGGUUAAUCAUCAUCAUCAAACGAUAGUUUUUGGUUGUGGAUUUCUAAGUGAUGAGAAGACUGAAUCAUACGUUUGGUUGCUUAAUAGGUUUAUGGAAGCUAUGCCAACAGGUGCACCAAAAUCAAUUAUUACUGAUCAAGAUCCUGCUAUGACGAAAGCACUUGCACAAGUUUUGCCUGAAACAGUGCACCGUUAUUGUUUGUGGCAUAUAUUGAACAAAUUUCCUGAGAAGAUUUCCCCAGUGACUUUUCGAGAUCACUAUCGGAGCAUAAAGAAUGUUAUAAAAAAUUCUACAUCUCCAGAGGAAUUUGAGCAUGACUGGAAAGAUGUUAUUAGAUGUGCUAACUUGGAGGAAAAUAGUUGGAUAGUGUUGAUGUAUGAGUUAAAGCAUAAGUGGGUUCCGACAUAUUUCAGUAACGUAUUUUUUGCUGGGAUGUCGAGUAGUUAA